UACAGUACUUUAAGCAUAACUUUUCGUUUUUUAUAUUUGAAAAAAAAAAUUUGAAUAAGACGAGUAGUCAAACGUUGCAAACAAAAACUCAAAAUCCCUUAUAUCGUGGGACGGAGGGAGUACCUAUUCUGGUCAGGCGAACUCACUUUUUGUGGCCUCCUUGGUCAGUCGACAAUGUAUUUUGAGAUUUUUUCUCCGCGUGGCCUUUUGUGUUUCUUUUUUUCUGUAACUUUCUACUCUUCUCCAGGAAUUGUUUUGGAUCAUAGUAGUAAUCCUAGUACUCCCUCCGUCCCAAAAAAAAGGUAAACCUUGGGUUUCCGUGCCCAACUUUGACUGUUUGUCUUAUAUGAAAUUUUUCAUUGUUGCUAGAUGAUAAAACAUGAUUAAUAUUUCAUGCGUGACUUAUCUUUUUAAUUUUUUUUAUAUUUUUUUCAAAUAAGACGAACGGUCAAACGUUGGACACGGAAAUCAGGUUUUGUCUUUUUUUUGACGGAGGGAGUAGUUCCGUACGAAGGGAGCUGGGGCUAAAUGAGUGGCAUAGCGCAUAGGACAUGCGCCUAAAUCAAUUUUCUUGCCAGCAGUUUUUUAGUCACUGCCAGGACAGUCAAAUUACGUACUUGCACUAUCUGUCAUCCUGUAUCUGGGACCGCAUUGCUAUUUACGGUUCCUGUGGAAAAUACGACGUGCAAACUGUGUGCACAAUGCCACUAUGCACUGGUGCCCCCUUCUGCGCAGGCAGCACUUUAACUGCACUCGUCUAGUUAGCUUAGCGUUGCCCAGUGCAGACGUUGGACUCCGAACUCGGCGUGGGUGUAAUGGAGUAGUAGCUCGUCGGAAAACAGUGUAACGGCCGAGAUUUUUCCGCGCCAUCCAAGCCCGCGUGGGAGGCUUGCGUGGCUCUGCACCGUUCUGCUUCCAUGUCCGGGAAGGGGCCCCCCUGGUCUCAGUGCCUCUCGUCCCGUCAAUCACAGCACCAACUGCUACCGGCGGGCGCACGAGCGAGGUCUCCUCUUAAACCCCACCAAAACCCACCCUACUGGUCCACCGGCGCAGGGCAAGCCAAGGGAUGGCAGCCUCCGUCGCUGUGUUCGUGUGCCUCCUGUCCGUGGCCGCGGCGGCGGCGUCCAUGGACCCGGCGGAGAGGGAGGCGCUGUUCCUCGUCAUGGAGGCGGUCUCGUCUGACCGGGACUGGCGCUCCGAGAGCCCCGACCCUUGCGGCGCGCCGUGGCCGGGGCUGGAGUGCAAGCCGGCAGCCGGCGACGCCGCGGCGGCGCUGCUGCGCGUCACGCGGCUCGACUUCGGCGUGGAGCCCAACCCGUCGUGCAAGGACACGGCCGCGUUCCCGCCGCUGGUGUUCUCCUCCCUGCCCCACCUCCAGUCCCUCUUCUUCGUCGGCUGCUUCAAGAACCCGGCGGCCAACACGUCCCUCGUCCUGCCGCCCGCCGCCAACCUCUCGACCUCCAGCCUGCAGCAGCUCAGCAUCAGGGCCAACCCGUCCCUGUCCGGCGUGAUGCCGCCGCAGCUGGCAACGCUCAGGUCGCUCCAGGUGCUCACCAUCUCCCAGAACGGAUUGAUCCGCGGCGAGAUCCCGCAGGGCAUCGGCGAGCUCACGUCGCUGGUGCACCUCGACCUCAGCUACAACUCGCUCACCGGGCCGGUGCCGAGCGAGAUCAGCGAGCUGAAGAGCUUGGUCGGUCUGGACCUGAGCUACAACUCGCUGUCCGGCGCCAUCCCGAGCCGGAUCGGUGAGCUGCGGCAGCUGCAGAAGCUGGACCUGAGCUCCAACAAUCUCACCGGCGGCAUCCCGGUCAGCAUCGCCAACCUGAGCUCGCUUACCUUCUUGGCGCUGAGCAGCAAUGGCCUGAGUGGUCACUUCCCUCCUGGACUCUCCGGCCUCCGAAACCUCCAGUGCUUGAUCAUGGACAACAACCCAAUGAAUGUCCCCUUACCUUCCGAGCUCGGUGGUCUCCCUCGUCUUCAAGAACUCCGGCUGGCCGGCUCCGGCUACUCGGGACAGAUACCCGCGGCGUUUGGUCAGCUGGCGAGCUUGACGACGCUGUCACUCGAAGACAACAACCUCACCGGAGAAAUCCCUCCGGUGCUGACCAGGCUGACAAGGAUGUAUCACCUGAACCUGAGCAACAAUGGGCUGGGCGGCGCCGUGCCUUUCGACGGCGCGUUCUUGCGGCGGCUCGGCCAGAACCUCGACCUGAGCGGCAACGCGGGGCUGUGCCUGGAUGACCGGAUGGUCGUGCGGGGCGUCGGCGUCGGCGUCGGCGCCUGCCACGCCGGCGGCGGCGGUGAUGGCCCGUUGGCGCCCGGAGGAGUUACGGGGGCAGCAGCAACGGUGAGGGGUUCCGUGGACGGUUACCCGUUUCGGCUUCUCGGCCAUGCCUGCUUGGUCGUGGCCUGUCUGGUUUCUUUGAAUUAGUACGUGUAGCUUUUGUCUCACUGUACGAUGUACUACUACUUCUGUCUAGAACUAAGUACGAGUAGCUGUGUGUUCAAGCGCUAAUUAAUCUGCAGAUAAUCAUUAAUUAGUAGUACACGCCUA